AUGCAACAACUUUUUCAUUGGUUUACAAAACAUUGGUCAGAGUAUGCUGCUCCAGUCUGGAACCCAUAUCUUGUCAAAGACAUUCAUGCAAUAGAGAGCGUGCAAAGACGCGCGUCAAGAUUAGCUCUUAGGCAAAAAAGAGGUGAUAUGUCUUAUGAAGAGCGUUGUGACACGUUACAUUGGCCAUCUUUGUCCAGUCGUAGGACAUAUUCCUCUCUUGUUGAAUGUUAUAAGAUCGUGUUUGGCUUAUCACACUUGGAUUUUGAGGAAUUCUUUCAAUUCGCAAAAGUCAAAUCCACUAGGGCAAAUCACUCGUAUAAGCUGUAUUGUAAAUUAUCUAGAAUCAACUGUUUUAAAUUUUCUUUUUUUAACAAU